AUGGCUGACAGGGGAAGUCAGGCUGAUCAUGAAGAAGAAGAGGAGCAGGGACAAGACAAGGAUACAAACGCUGCUUAUGAACAGGGAGACACUGUUGCUGUUGAGGGAUCCCCAUACUUAGAUUUUGUUGAGGAUCAGCAGCAUCCAGUCCAACCUGAACAGGAGUCUGAGUGCCCUGGCUGCCAGUCGCUGGGUACACUGACGCUGCCUUGCGGACACAAACUGUGUCCCAAAUGUAUCGAGCUGAGCCAAGGAGAGCUGGGCCAGGCUGGCUGCACCAUCUGCUAUGGAUCACAGCUGAUGGACUCGGUCCUGCAGACUCUUCUGGAAGCCCUGUUCCAUGACCAGCCCAGGAGACCUGGGAUCACAACUGGAGCUGUGGAGGAUGUGAGGGCAUCAAACGAUGGAGGGAAAGCAGCGGGCAGAUAUGGGGGUACGGCGAGUGAAGAGCUGUGUCUGGAGCAUGAAGAAAUACUCAGUGUGUUCUGUUUGGAAGAGGGGGAGCCAGUCUGCCAGCAGUGUCAGGCAGACCAGCAUGAAGAGCACCAGUGCUGCUCCAUACAGGAGGCUGUCCUCGACUGUAAGAGAGAGCUGCGAUCUUCAAUCAGAAAUCUUGAGGAGCAAUUACAGAGUUCUACCGCCAUCAGACAAACCUUGGAGGAUACUGCUGCUCAUAUCAAGAACCAGUCAGUUCAAACAACCCAGGUCUUGAGGGAGGAGUUUGACAAGAUGCACCAGUACCUCCGUGAUGAGGAGGCCACACUGAUGUCACAGCUGAAAGAGGAAGAGGAGGAGAAGAGUCAGAGGAUGAAAGAAAAGAUUGACAGGAUUAACAAUGACAUACGAAUUUUGACCAGCAGUAUCAGAGAGACAGAAGAAGCCAUGGCCUUAGAUGACAUCCUCUUUCUAAAGACCUACAAGAAAGCCUCUGAAAGGGCUCAGGGCAGAGUAGAGGAGCCUGUAGUUGAAUCAGGAGCUCUGCUUGAUGUGGCCAAACACCAGAGCUGUGUACAGCACCAAGUCUGGGACAAGAUGCUGAGGAUCAUCCAGUACUUUCCUGUGACCAUGGACCCUAACACAGGCUCGGCAUGUUUAGGCGUGUCUCCCGACUUGUCCAGCGUGUUCGUGUGUGAGGAGCAGCCUCUUCCAGACAAUCCAGAGAGGUUUGUGACCCCACAGAGCAUCCUGGGCUCGGAGGGCUUCAGCUCAGGCAGGCACAGCUGGGAGGUGGAGGUGGGAGAUAACAGUCACUGGUCUCUUGGUGUGGCCACUGAGUCAGUAUACAGAAAGGACUGGUCCAAAUCUGAUCUGAACCCCAGUCCUGCCUCAGCCUCAGACGUAGACCCUGGUGGUGGCCUGUGGACUGUGUCCUUAUCCUCUGGGGAGUUCUGGGCCUCCCAGCAAAGUGCCCCCCUCAAACUGAGACGAAGGCCGUCUAGAAUCAGAAUUCAGCUGGACUGGGAGAGAGGGUGUCUGACUUUCUCUGAUGUCAAUGACAACACCCUUAUCUAUCGUUUUAAAAAGCAGUGGAGCGGUAUUCUGAGACCCUACUUCUCCACAACAUGUUCUAAACACCCACUGAAAAUCACAGUGGGGAGGGUGACUGUGAACAUAGAAUAGCAUCACACUGUCAUGAUACUAAAGGAAUGAUUUUUGGAAAAAAAAUGUUUGUUCAACUCAACAGUUAAGAUUUUAAAAGUUAGAUCCAUUCAGAACCAAGAAAUGGACCCAAACCUGGCAAAGAGAAACAAACCCAACCAGCACAGAUAUGGCAACUGAUGACAUGAAUUUACAAGUUGUCCAAAACAAAACUUUGUAUCUUACCUAAUGUAACAUUAGUGGCCUUCUCCCCUGUGCAUGACUGGGAUGCAUAAUCCAUCUUUGCCAAGAAAAUUGGUGAAACACAUCCAGGUUUCCUGUUAUUCCUCUCUUGCUGAUUGAAACAGCAUGGCUAACCUAUUUGCUCUUUCAGCUUAAAAGUCUUCUUGCUAUCAUGAUGACGUAUGACAAAA